CGCGUACCAAACUAGUUUAGUAAUUCGAAAAAUAAAACGAAAUGUAACUCCAAAUGCAGCCCUGCGCUCAAAUUUUCAACUUCCUGUCACGCUGUAUGUGUGUUCUUUCUUUCCUUUGAUUCUGUUGCCGAAGCAAGUUUGGUGACUGGAAUACAAGAUGCAGAUCUUCGUUAAGACCCUCACGGGCAAGACCAUCACUCUUGAGGUCGAACCGUCGGAUACUAUCGAAAAUGUCAAAGCCAAGAUUCAGGACAAAGAAGGAAUUCCUCCAGAUCAGCAGCGUCUGAUCUUCGCUGGCAAGCAGCUGGAAGAUGGCCGCACCCUCUCUGACUAUAACAUUCAGAAGGAGUCCACUCUGCACUUGGUGCUGCGCCUGCGUGGUGGUGCCAAGAAGCGCAAGAAGAAGAACUACUCCACCCCCAAGAAAAUCAAGCACAAGAGGAAGAAGGUCAAGCUAGCUGUCCUGAAAUACUACAAGGUUGACGAGAACGGCAAGAUCCACCGUCUCCGUCGCGAGUGCCCCGGUGAGAACUGCGGCGCUGGCGUCUUCAUGGCUGCCCACGAAGAUCGUCACUACUGCGGCAAGUGCAACCUGACCUUUGUCUUCAGCAAACCAGAGGAAAAGUAAUUCUGCUACAUAAGAUCAUGUACGUUUCCAGAAAUCAAAUAAAGGUAGUAAUUGAAUAAAAAAUUCAAUCGCUGAAA